AUGGCGGCAACAGCACUUCCCACCAGACCUCUUGGCCGCAACGGCCCUCUUGUCCCAGCUUUGGGCUUCGGGGCCAUGGGUCUCAGCGUCAGUUACGGUCCCGCAGGCUCUGAUGAAGAACGCUUCAAGGUCCUAGAUCGUGCCUACGAGCUGGGCAGCACCUUCUGGGACUCGGCAGACGUCUACGGAGACAAUGAGGACUUGAUUGGCAAGUGGUUCAAGCGUACCGGGAAGCGUGACGGAAUCUUCCUUGCCACGAAAUGUGGUGGUUACCUUGAUUCUUCUGGGGGGUUUUCCGUUCGUUCGGAUCCGGAAUACGUGCGACAGGCGUGUGAGAAGUCGCUCCAAAGACUUGGUGUUUCUCACAUUGACCUAUUCUACCUUCAUCGGCUGGACAGGAAGACCCCUAUUGAGCUUACGAUCAAGGCUCUGGCAGAGUUGAAAGAGCAAGGGAAAAUCCGACACCUCGGUCUCAGCGAAGUCUCAGCCGCCACCCUUCGCCGCGCCCAUGCCGUCCAUCCCAUCACCGCCAUUCAAGUCGAAUACAGUCCCUUCUCCGUUGACAUUGAGAAGCCUGAGAUUGGCCUGCUCAAGACGGCCAGGGAGCUCGGCGUUGCGAUUGUCGCUUACAGUCCCCUGGGACGAGGCAUGCUGACGGGGCAGAUCAAGUCCCCUGACGACUUUGCCGAAGACGACUUCCGCAGGACUCUGCCUCGCUUCUCCAAGGAGAAUUUUGGAAAGAACCUGGCGCUGGCGGACAAGAUUGGGAGCAUUGCCGCUAGCAAGGGCGUCACGCCUGGACAGUUGACCCUGGCGUGGCUGCUGGCGCAGGGAGACGACAUCUUUCCCAUCCCUGGUACAAAGAAGAUCAAGUAUCUCGAGGAGAACUUGGGCGCUGUUAAUGUUACCCUCACAAAGAAGGAGGAGGAGGAGAUUCGCAAGGCAAUCGAUGAGACGGAAGUUACCGGGGGCCGAUAUUCUGACGCUAUGGCUGGCCAAUUGUUUGCCGAUACUCCAGAGCUUGAGAGGAAUUAA